CAUGGAAAUUCAAAAUUCAGGAACAACAAACAUAAGCAUAUAAUAAAAAGUAAAUGAAAAACAGAAAAACCUUGCGAUAAAAAAAACAAAGGAAAUUCAGAAAAACUUGUACUUUCUGGUAGCUUCUCGGAAGCCGACCCAAUGAAGCUUUCGGGGGGCCCGGCAGCGGCAAUCCAUUGAGCUUAUUGGAAGUUAGAGGCAGCAGAAGAUUAAAGGCAUUACACGUCCCUUAAUGGUCAUGUGCGAAAUUCCAAGCGUAAAGAAAGGAUUAUAAACAGUGCAUGCACCUCCAAAGUUGUUAUUAGCUCCGAUUUAUUUGUGCCUUGGACAAAGGGAAAUACUCCACCAAAAAAUAACAGAUCAUCAUGCAACUCAAAACCAUGACAUUUCAUUAUAUGCUCCUGCUGCUGUUCGCAUUGCCACUGAUCAAAACGACAUCAAUAUCUCCAGGAAAACAAGCAGAAUCACUCAUCCAAUGGAAGGACGACUUGUCUUCAUCAUCAUGGCCACCUUCGCUACUCAAUUCAUGGUCCCUCACCAACCUCAGCAGCCUCUGCAACUGGACUGCCAUUGUCUGCACCAAAACCAGAACAGUCUCUGAAAUACAGCUCUCCCGUAUGGAAAUUAACGGAACACUGGCUCUUUUCGACUUUUCCCUAUUUCCAAAUCUCACCCACUUCAACCUGAGUGGCAACUAUUUCCGAGGGCCUAUACCAUCUGCCAUUGGAAAUCUCUCCAGCCUCACAACUUUGGACUUGAGCAACAACUCUUUGUACAGCAGUUAUAACGGAUUCUCUGGCCCAAUUCCGGACAAUAUAGGUUUGAUUUCUGGUCUUCAAUAUAUUGACCUGAGUAAUAAUUUUCUGGAAGGGAAAAUUCCACCCUCUAUAGGCAAACUCAGGGAGCUCCAGUCCCUUUAUCUUUCAUACAACUCCUUAAACUCUUCUAUCCCUUCUGAGCUUGGUCUUUGCACAAACCUCACCCACUUGUCCCUGUCUUCCAAUAAAUUCAAUGGGGAACUGCCUCUGUCUUUGUCCAAUCUGAAAAACCUCGUUGAAUUGUGUUUAGAUACUAAUCUAUUUAUUGGUCAAAUCCUUCCUUCUCUGAUCUCCAAUUGGACGGUAUUGGUCUCUUUGUACCUUCAAGACAAUAGCUUCAGCGGAACCAUUUCAGCAGAAAUUGGGCUGUUGACACAAUUGCAGUAUCUAAUGCUUUAUUCCAACGAAUUCAGAGGAGAGAUUCCUCAGAGUCUAGGCAAUUUAUCUCAGCUUCAAGUACUCUUUUUGGACCAUAACUACUUCACAGGAGAGAUUCCUCAGAGUCUAGGCAAAUUGACUCAACUUCAGGGACUCUCUUUGGACCAUAACCACUUGAGAGGAGAGAUUCCUCAGAGUCUAGGCAAAUUGACUCAGCUUCAGCGACUCUAUUUGUCCCAUAACCAAUUGACAGGAGAGAUUCCUCAGAGUCUAGGCAAAUUGACUCAGCUUCAGCGACUCAAUUUGUCCCAUAACUAAUUGACAGGAGAGAUUCCUCAGAGUCUAGGCA